UAACAAUGAAUCGUCCUGAACUGGAUUACUAUGCGGUGCUGGACAUGCCGCGCAGCGCGAGCAAGGAGCAAUUAACUUUGGCUUAUCGUCGCCUCGCAGUUCGUCUCUGUCCGCAUCGCGACAAGAAGUACGAGCAGGACUUUGUGCCUCUGGCCCAAGAAGGAAAACUGACACAUCUGUCGCCCAUGUCUGAGAUUAAGCAAUGGGCUUACAUCAAUAUGGCAUUCGACGUACUUGGCCAUGAUCUAUAUCGGGCGAUCUAUGAUCGUUAUGGCGAAGCAGGUCUCUUCGAGGGUGUCAUGCUGCCCAAUGGCUAUUUUCCGCCCUAUCAAUAUCAUGGCGAUCACAUGAAGGUCUACGAGGCUGUCUUCGCCAGCUACUCGCCCUAUGCUAACCUCAUAGAUGCGGUAACCAAUCCACCGAGUCUUUAUGCAACUCGUGAGCAUGGCAUUGGUGUGCGGCACAAGGAUACGAAUACCGAACGCAUCAUACAUUUGUCGUUGGAGGAGGUGCGCACGGGUUGUGUGAAGCUAAUGCAUGUGUGGCGUCAGGAGAUCGUAGACAUCAAGGAGUCGCGACUGGAGAAGCGAAAGCAUACGCUCAAGCUGAACAUACAACCAGGUACGACGGCAGGCACACGUUACUGCUUCAAGGAAGAGGGCGAUCGUUAUCCAACCACCAUCCCGGGUGAUAUCAUAUUCAUUGCGGCCGAUAAGCCGCAUCCCGUCUUCGAGCGGCGCAAUAUGCAUGAUCUGGUCUAUCGCUAUAACAUAACAUUGUGUCAGGCGUUCACGGGAUUCAUCUUUUUCGUCCAGACACUGGACAAGCGGCAGCUUAAGAUUGUCGUCACGGAUGUGGUGACUCCAGGCUAUCAGAAGAUUGUACCGUGUGAGGGAUUACCGAAGUGUCGUAAUCUGGAUGCCGUGUCUGCCAUUAAGCAUGCCAAUAAGCGAUUUGACGAUUUUGGGGAUCUCAUUAUUGAGUUUAACUACAUAUUCCCCAAAUACUUGACGCCAGAAAUGAAGGCGAUGACGCGACAGUUCUUCACGGAGUUCCAGAAGCAUGAGCAGGCAUUAGAAGCUCAAGAAAAGGAGCACCUAUCGUGAAUAGUUUCUGUUAUAUUUAUUUAAAUGCUGCAAUAAACAAAAUUGAAGUGGUUCAAAA